GAUCGGGAUUGGUACACGUGCGCGCGCGCGCGCGCACUCUCUUUCUCCAUUCUGUCUCGUUCUCUCGCUCUCUCCCUCUCUCUCGCACGCGCUUCGGGAAACGUGAACCGUGAGAACGAGUGGACCGUACGGGGUAGAUCGAUGGUAUGCGAUCGCGGCCGUCCGUACGCGACACCGUGCCCCGUCCGGCUUCGUUGCGCGCGGCGAUCCGCAGCGUCGGACGGAAGUGAUCGGCCGAGAGGAACAAUCGGCGACGACGUGCAGCCUUAACCGCUUGAAGGCCGAAGGCUCUCGUGCGCCGCCGGUUAGUUCGCGCGCGAUGUGUGUAAUUCACGUUUCUCCGUCGCGCGCUAAUUACCGCGUUAAUUCGUUGCCACGAUGAAUUGACACGUCUGCCGUCAGAUCGCCGAUCGUUGAAAAACGUCGUAGCGACGCACGUUUCGCGUACCAGUGAAUACGACGAACGUAAACACGCACUGCUGCGCCUGUCUCGUGCGCGCAGCAUUUCUGAGUUUCCGACGUGUGUCAAGCAUUUCCACGGCGGUUAAAAUUGACGACAUACGAAUCGUCGAUCCUAAAUUUUGCAAUGAGCUCGCAACCGAUUGUGGUGCCUGGUGGAGAGCAUCGUCUUCAGCCGGAGACUCAUUCUAUAUCUGUUGGAAGUUCAGCGGACACCUACAAGACCAUGACACCGCCAAACGUCAGCAGAUCCCUAAGUCAACCAGCGGAUCGACAACUUCGAAGAAGCAGCGUCCAAGCACAGUCUACACCAUUACCUAAACUUCCAUCAACUGAGUCCCUUGCAACAAGCACAAAUAUUACAGCCGGUGCACCUCCAGUUUCUCCAGGGAUCUCUGGUAUGGGCGAAGGUAGUCAAAAAAUGGAUAAUUCAUCAGACAAGUCGUUAGAUUCUUGCAAAUUAACGCGAAAAGAAUCAUAUAAGGCUCAAAGAAAGAAUUAUCGAAUGGAAAAGAAAAGAGUAGCCGAUGAACUUUUAAGUUCUUUCAAAGAUCCAACCGUUAUUGUUAUGAGUGAUUGGUUAAAAGUUCGUGGCACAUUGAAAAGUUGGACCAAGUUAUGGUGUAUUCUGAAACCUGGAUUAUUGUUGCUGUACAAAAGUCCAAAAACGAAGAGUAAUCAUUGGGUUGGAACGGUACUACUUAAUACGUGUCAAGUUAUUGAACGUCCGAGUAAAAAGGAUGGAUUUUGUUUUAAAUUAUUUCAUCCGUUGGAGCAAUCUAUAUGGGCUCCUCGAGGACCAGAAAAAGAAGCUAUUGGUGCUGUAGUACAACCUUUACCAACAUCUUACUUAAUCUUUCGAGCACCAUCUCAAGCAGCAGGCAAAUGUUGGUUGGACGCACUUGAAUUGUCGUUACGUUGUUCUUCGUUAAUAGUACGCUCGACAAGUGCAUUACCGCGCCCUUUACCACACGAUGCAACCACCACUCAUGAAACUCAAUGGAGCGAGGCUGAUUAUGAAAAGCACUUUGAUGAUCAUGUAUAUUUAAGUCACUAUGCUCCAAGAACACCUACGACCCCUCAAAGACACUUGUUAUCUCAUCCGCAAUCACUCUCACCCACUGUAACUCGCAAUAGAAGCAUUUGUCCUUCACCUACUCCAAUGUUUCAACAUCUUUAUCAUGCAGUUGCGUAUUGGGAAAAAUUUUUACUUGAUCGAUCUCCCACACCUGGCACAGAUCAAGAAAACAUUGCUUCUUUGAACCCUAAUCCUAAAGAGGAACCAGAUGGUGGUGAUGCUCAACCGUCUGGAUCUUCAUAUUUUGCUUCUGCAUCUCAUCCACCAGUUUCCCCAGCACGUCGCAUGACUGUUCCUUCUAUACGUGUCUUAGAGUAUGAUACCUGUCAAGUAGUAACGCUAGAUCCUGUGUACCCCUCGCAUACAGACCUGGACGAUAUUAGUCAGCCGGAGAAUGGAGUAGUAGCUGAUGCUGAAAUCAGCGCCUCGGACAGUGAAUCUGAAGCAUCAGCCAAAGAAGAUCAAUCGGAACCAAUCACCGAAACACCAUACGUAGCUAAUGAAAAUGAAAUUCUUGGAACGGCCGGUGAAGUCGUUGCAGAACUACAAGAAGAACAAAAGUCUUUGAUAUGGUUCUUAAUGAAACAACUUCGUCCUGGCAUGGAUCUGUCUAAAGUUGUAUUGCCGACUUUCAUUCUGGAAUCACGGUCGUUUCUGGAAAAACUGGCCGAUUCGUAUUAUCACGCCGAUUUAUUGUCUCAAGCAGUAUUGGAAGAUGAUGCAUUUACACGUAUGAAAGCCGUAGUGAAAUGGUAUUUAUCGGGAUUUUACAAAAAACCACAAGGCUUAAAAAAGCCAUACAAUCCGCUUUUAGGCGAAACAUUCCGCUGUUAUUGGCAACAUCCUAAUGGUUCAAGAACAUUCUAUUUAGCCGAACAAUUAUCGCAUCACCCACCUAUCUCAGGAUUUUAUGUGACAAAUCGUCAAGAUGGAUUUACUAUCAGCGCUACGAUCAUUGCAAAAUCUAAAUUUUAUGGAAAUUCGACCUCUGCAGUUUUGGAUGGUAUCGCUGUAUUGACAAUGUUGCCGAGAGGCGAAGAUUAUACAAUGACAAUUCCUUAUGCACAUUGCAAAGGCAUUCUUAUGGGGACAUUAUCUAUGGAACUUGGUGGAAAAGUGAACAUAAUAUGCGAGAAGACUGGCUAUCACACAGAAUUAGAAUUUAAACUUAAACCGUUUCUUGGCGGUGCGGAAUUAAUGAAUCAAGUUGUGGGACGAAUACGCCUAGGAAAGGAAACUUUGGCUACUAUUAUGGGAUACUGGGAUGGAUUAAUUUUAAUAACGGAUAAACGGACAGGGCAAGAAAACAUUUUCUUCAAUCCUACUCCGGAAAUACGAAAAAAAAGAUUGAAAAAAUAUACUGUUCCUUUGGAACAUCAGGGAGUAUGGGAAAGUGAAAAAUUGUGGUUGACUGUUACACAAGCUAUUAAUAGGGACGACCAGGUUGCCGCUACUGACGCUAAAACUCGACUCGAGCAAGCACAAAGAGAACGCGCUAAAGAGCGAAAAAGUCUAGGACAAGAAUGGAUUCCAAAAUAUUUCGUUCAAGAUAUUAUAACUGGAAAUUGGGUUUAUCGACAUGCUGAUAUAAGACCAUGGGAUCCGAGAAACGAUGUAGUACAAUAUGAAGAAAAUUAUGUAGUGCGCACAAAGACCAGGCAUAAAACACCUAUUAUGCGUACUGGUAGUAUCGUUUCUACUGAACCCCAAUCACAGAUUCCAUUAUUACAAGCUGAAUCACGUUCCUCCUUAUCAGUGCUCAAAUCUUCUAAAAGGCAGCUAUCAAAUAAUAUGCCUUUAACAGAGGCUCAUGAUUCUGCAAGUUCAUCUGCAGAAGCACAUACGGAUUCUAGUCAAUCGUUAGGAAAAAGAAAACGUUCAACCACUAGGUUAAUUGACAUAAUAAAACAAGUUGAGCAUCAAAUGAUAGAACAUGGUGAGAAAUUGAAUCGUAUACAGCAGAUUGUAGAACAAGUUGUAAGAAAACAAAGAGAAUCUGGUGAACAGCAUCACAACAUAAAUAUGUUCAAGAGUUUCGUGGAUACUAUACUUAUUAUUGUUAUCGUUUUUUCCGUGCAAUAUUUUUUAAACAUAUGGCAUAAUGAUUGAACUAAAGAUUGAGGGGUUUUAGUAAGAUUGUUCUCUCUUUAUCUUUUGUCACACUGUAUUUGAAUUGUAUGUAUCACUUGUUUUCCUAUCUUCUAAAAUUCUUGCAACGUGGUGUCGGUAUCUUAUGAUCACGGUGGAAUGAAUCCUUUUAUGAAAGAAGUAUAAUAAUAUAAUUUUUAUUUCAAAACACAAUAUACGUGAAAC